UCCGCUGGUUGGUCGGUCAGUUGGUCGGUGGGUCAGUGGCCUGCAGCUCGGUUCUCGGCUCUCAUGUUCGGAGGUGGGAGGGACACGGGAGCGGCCCUCACACCUGAGCCGCCCGGAGAGGAGCCCAGCACCCAGUAAGAGACGAAGAAGAAGACUGAGGGGAGAGGAGCCAUGGCUUCGGAUGCCAGUCACGUGCUGGAAGCUGCCCUGGAGCAAAUGGACGGGAUCAUCGCAGGCACUAAAACAGGUGCAGAUAUCGGUGAUGGGAGCUGCGAGCCUGCUCUGGCCUCCCCAACCUCCCACACGAACCCUUUCCCAGUGCUCCAUCUCGUUGAGGACUUGAGACUGGCCCUGGAGAUGCUGGAGCACCCUCAGGAGAGAGCAGCCCUCCUGAGCCAGAUCCCGGGCCCCACAGCUGCCUACAUCAAAGAGAGCUUGUCCCAGGUAAAUCACCACAGUGCUGCUAGUAAUGAAACAUACCAGGAACGCUUGGCACGUCUAGAAGGAGAUAAGGAGUCCCUCAUUUUACAGGUGAGUGUCCUCACAGACCAAGUGGAAGCGCAAGGAGAAAAGAUUCGGGACCUGGAAGUGUGCCUGGAAGGACACCAGGUGAAACUCAAUGCCGCCGAAGAGAUGCUUCAACAGGAGCUGCUAAGUCGCACAUCUCUUGAGACCCAGAAGCUCGAUCUGAUGACUGAAGUUUCUGAGCUGAAGCUCAAGCUGGUUGGCAUGGAGAAGGAGCAAAGAGAGCAGGAGGAGAAGCAGAGAAAAGCAGAGGAAUUACUGCAAGAGCUCAGGCACCUCAAAAUCAAGGUGGAAGAGUUGGAGAAUGAACGGAAUCAGUAUGAAUGGAAGCUGAAGGCCACAAAGGCUGAGGUAGCCCAACUGCAAGAACAGGUGGCCCUGAAGGAUGCAGAAAUUGAGCGCCUGCACAGCCAGCUCUCCCGGACUGCAGCCCUGCACAGUGACCACACAGAGAAAGACCAAGAAAUUCAACGUCUGAAAAUGGGGAUGGAAACUUUGCUUGUUGCCAAUGAAGACAAGGACCGUCGGAUAGAGGAGCUCACGGGGCUGUUAAACCAGUAUCGGAGGGUGAAAGAGAUCGUGAUGGCAACUCAAGGGCCUGCAGACAGAACUCUCUCAAUCAAUGAAGAAGAACUUGAGGGAAGUUUCAGAAAGUGGAACAGUGCCAACAAAGGCCCGGAAGAAUUAUUUAAACCAGAGAUGCCUCCAAGAUGCAGCUCUCCCACCGUGGGGCCACCUCCACUCCCGCAGAAAUCACUGGAAACCAGGGCUCAGAAAAAGCUCUCGUGUAGUCUAGAAGACCUGAGAAGUGAACCUGUGGACAAGUGUGUCGAUGGGAACCAGCUCUCCCCAGUGAUAGAGCCCAAGGACGGCCCUUUCCUGGUGGAGCACAAAUAUCCCACCUUACCCGGGAAGCUUUCAGGAGCUACGCCCAAUGGAGAAGCUGCCAAGUCGACUCCCAUGGCCUCCCAGCCUGACCCCACAGGGAGCAGCCUUCUGAGGCUGAAUCGUGGCCGGAGUGUCAGUGCCCCCGUAUUAGGAGACACAGAAAGUGGUUGGGACGACACUGCUGUGGCCAAUGACCUCUCAUCCACAUCAUCGGGCACCGAUUCAAGCCCCCAGUCUCCCCUGACACCAGAUGGUAAACGGAGCCCCAAAGGCAUCAGGAAAUUCUGGGGAAAAAUCCGAAGAACUCAGUCAGGAAAUUUCAACACUGAUGCUCCGGGGAUGGCAGAGUUUCGACGCGGUGGGCUCAGGGCAACUGCAGGGCCAAGGCUCUCCAGGACCAGAGACUCCAAGGGUCAGAAAAGUGACGCCGGGGCCCCCUUUGCCCAGUGGAGCACAGAGCGUGUGUGCACAUGGCUGGAGGACUUCGGCCUGGGUCAGUACGUGAUCUUUGCCAGGCAGUGGGUGACUUCUGGCCACACUUUACUGUCAGCAACCCCUCAGGACAUGGAAAAGGAGUUAGGAAUUAAGCAGCCUCUGCACCGGAAGAAGCUGGUUUUAGCAGUGAAAGCCAUCAACACCAAGCAGGAGGAGAAGUCCGCACUGCUCGACCACAUCUGGGUGACACGCUGGCUUGAUGAUAUCGGCUUACCCCAAUACAAAGAUCAGUUUCAUGAAUCCAGAGUUGAUGGGCGGAUGCUACAAUACCUGACUGUGAACGAUCUCCUCUUCUUAAAAGUUACGAGCCAGCUACAUCAUCUCAGCAUCAAAUGUGCCAUUCAUGUGCUACAUGUCAACAAGUUCAACCCCCACUGCCUACACCGGCGGCCAGCUGAUGAGAGUAACCUUUCUCCUUCAGAAGUUGUGCAGUGGUCUAACCACAGGGUGAUGGAGUGGUUGCGAUCUGUGGACCUAGCGGAGUACGCGCCCAACCUUCGUGGGAGUGGAGUCCAUGGAGGCCUCAUUAUCCUGGAGCCCCGCUUCACCGGGGACACCCUGGCUAUGCUUCUCAAUAUUCCACCACAGAAGACGCUCCUCAGACGCCACCUAACCACCAAAUUCAAUGCCCUGAUUGGUCCUGAGGCCGAACAGGAAAAGCGAGAGAAAAUGGCCUCCCCAGCCUACACACCACUGACCACCACAGCCAAAGUCCGGCCAAGGAAGCUGGGAUUUUCACAUUUUGGAAACAUAAGAAAAAAGAAAUUCGAUGAAUCGACGGACUACAUUUGCCCAAUGGAGCCCAGCGACAGCGCUGGUGACAGUCACAGGGUCUACAGUGGCUACCGGAGCCUCAGCCCUCUCGAUGCCCCUGAACUGGGUGGGCUGGACCAGAUGGCGCCUUCGGAAGGCACUGUGACGCAGAUAGGGCUCCUCUCCCAAGACAUUCACCGUCUCACGACCAUGCUGAGCCAGGACCAGCUGCUGAACGACUCUCGCCCAGCCGCUCCCAACUCUGAGGACUGGAGAUGACGUUCUUCAUGGCCGAGAGGCCAGAGAGGCAUGUGUGGGGACCCCGAGUCUCUGCUUCAAGGGGGUGCUGGCACAGCCGCCCGCAGAGCCCAGACGGGCUGGCAGGACAUCUCGGACAUGGGUGCUGACAGGAGCGAGCAGAGCGGUGAACAGACGUCCCGGAGGUGGCCCCAGGGGCCUUGUUGUUUCCAACCGUACUGUGCUCUUCACCACAGCUUUCCUACCUUUUAUACUUUCAUACAUGGACUGUACCCCACGUAUUGAGGUGGGAGGGCAGUGACACAUCAGCACAUCAGUACAGACUCGGUGGCUCAUGCUCUUCCUGGUGACAGCUGGGAGGUUCUUACGCCAAAGGGAAAGGGCAAUGAGUUCAUAAAAGCCCUGCUGGAAGAA